AUGGAAGCUUCUAGUCGAACACAUAUCCUUCUGGGCAUCAUUGCCUUUUUGACACUUGUCAUUUUCGCGUUGGUAGCUGCAGCACUCGGUGUCAUUGUUAAAGUUGCGAACAAACAGGAUGAUGCAAUAGCAGUUACAACAACUACAACGACAAUAGCAGGCACAGCAACUACAACGACAUCAGCAGGCAUAGCAACUACAACGACAUCAGCAGGCAUAGCAACUACAACGACAUCAGCAGGCAUAGCAACUACAACGUCACCUACCUCAGCUAACAAUUUAGUUACUUCCAUCACUAUUGAUCAAAUGAUGUCUCAUCUAAAUGCAUUUCAAGAAAUUGCAGAUAAUAAUGGGCGUACACGUGCUAUUCAUACUACAGGAUUCGAGAAGACACUGGAGUAUAUCACACAGUAUCUGACCGACAAUACUGAUUUAACAAUUCAUCGUCAAGAUUUUAAUUGGAGUACAUUCAAUUUGACUGACAUCCCAACAAUUAGCUCAAAUAUUAGUGGUGUGAAUAAGAACUACACUAGGGGUGUUGGAGCAGAUUUCUAUGAACUACUAUAUUCUGGUAAUUCAUCAACAAGUUCACCAUCAGUUCGAGUAACUGUCAUACCAAAUUUUGGUUGUAGCUCUUCUGAUUGGAAUACACUAGAUAUCACUGAAACUGUUGCUUUGGUUGCUGGCGGUGGUGGUUGUCUUUACCGGGUGAAAGCACAAUUAGCCCCGUCGAAUCUAAGCGGCCUAUUGAUUUAUAACUCUGUUGGUAUGUCUGCCGUCGCAUCAAGUGUUAACCCAAAUAUAACAUUCCCCGUUCUAUCUGUAUCAUAUGCAGUUGGCAUGGAACUGAAGAAUGCGGCAAAUAAUACGUUAGUAACAGUUCGACUUACAGCUAGAAAAGAGCAAAAACCAGUUGGAAAUAUAUGUGCGGAUACAAGAACGGGUAAUGUAACUCAGACGAUUUUAAUCG